UUUUGUGUUUAUUUUUUUUGGUUAAUAAUUUUUCUUUUUAAUUGUUUAUACAACGGUCACAACGUGUGGUGUGUUCUGCAAUUACCAGGAUAUUUACUAGCACCUGUUUUAAAGGUGACUGGUGUGCAAUGCGAGGGCUAUAGCAGAGACUAUGGGAACAGAGGGAUGGGCAUGCGAGGGGACCAAGGGGCCAAGUUAUGUCGCCAGGCAGUGACUCAAACCCUCGGCCUCGGCUUCCUCCACCUCUCGUGCUGCUGCGCGCUAUUUCUACUUGUCAUCAUAGCUACACCAGGUAUUUGUUUCCAAGAUGCAGUACACAUCACAGCAAUACUCGGUGAGUCAGUGGUGUUCAACUGCCACGUGGAGUUCCCGGGAGAACAUCCCGUCCCAUAUGUGUUGCAGUGGGAGAAGAAGGUAGGCGAAACGGGGCAGGAGAUACCCAUAUACAUCUGGUACGACAGUUACCCAACCCACAGCGGAGAAGGAUAUGAAGGGAGAGUGUCACGAGUAUCACAAGAUUCACCGUUUGGUGCUGCAUCACUUAACUUGACCAACAUUCGUGAGUCCGAUCAAGGCUGGUAUGAAUGUAAAGUUGUAUUCCUCAAUCGUUCACCAAACCCAAACAAAAAUGGUACCUGGUUCCACUUGGAUGUUCAUGCGCCACCUCGAUUUAGUGUCACGCCUGAAGACAUCAUAUACGUUAACCUCGGCGAUGCAAUUAUCCUUAAUUGCCAAGCUGAGGGUACACCUACACCAGAAAUACUCUGGUAUAAGGAUGCAAAUCCUGUAGAACCAUCAGCAACAAUUGGUAUAUUUAAUGAUGGUACCGAAUUACGUAUAUCAAAUAUACGGCAUGAAGAUACGUGCGAUUACACGUGUAUUGCACGUAAUGGCGAGGGUCAAGUAUCGCAUACGGCACGAGUUAUAAUUGCUGGUGCUGCUGUAAUUAUGGUACCACCAACAAAUCAAACCAAAUUAGAAGGUGAAAAAGUUCAGUUCACGUGUGAAGCAAAAGCUCAACCUGGUAAUGUGACGGUAAAAUGGUUCCGUGAGGGAGCACCAGUACGUGAAGUUGCUGCUUUAGAAACUAGAGUAUCAAUACGUCGUGAUGGCUCACUUAUUGUGAAUCCAGUGAGUGCUGAUGAUUCUGGACAAUAUUUGUGUGAGGUAACAAAUGGUAUUGGUGAGCCACAAUCAGCUUCUGCCUACUUAAAUGUAGAAUAUCCCGCAAAAGUUACAUUUACACCAACAAUACAAUAUUUACCAUUUCGUUUAGCAGGUGUUGUACAGUGUUACAUAAAGGCAAACCCUCCCCUACAAUAUGUUACGUGGACCAAAGAUAAACGAUUGUUAGAGCCUUAUCAAACAAAAGACAUUGUUAUUAUGAAUAAUGGUUCAUUGUUAUUUACACGUGUCAAUCAAAAUCAUCAAGGACGUUACACGUGUACGCCAUACAAUGCUCAAGGUACACAAGGUUCAUCGGGGCCAAUGGAAGUGUUGGUCCGUAAACCACCAAUAUUUACAUUAGAACCAGAAUCAAUGUAUCAACGAAAAGUCGGUGCAACUGUCGAAUUACAUUGUGAUGCUCAAGAGGCAGAAGGUACUCAAAAACCAAAUAUACAAUGGCAGAGGAGAGACGGUGCACCACUACCAAAAAAUCGAAUACGUGUUGCGGGUGGUAAUAUUACAAUAGAGAAUUUACGUAGAACCGAUUUUGGCUUUUAUCAAUGUGUAGCAACAAACGAAGUAGCGACAAUUGUAUCUACAACCCAAUUAGUUGUAGAAGGUACACAACCCCAUGCACCAUACAACGUAUCUGGUACUGCAACACAAUUUGGUGUUACUUUAUCAUGGAUGCCUGGCUAUAGUGGUGGUCCAGAUUAUAAACAAGAUUAUACGAUAUGGUAUCGUGAAGCUGGAGUAUCAGAGUGGUCGACAAUUCCCGUUACUCCAUCCGGUAGCACAUCGGUUACAAUAAAUCGUUUAUCGCCUGGUACCACUUACGAAUUUCAGGUGAUCGGAAAGAAUGCGUUAGGUGAUGGAAUGCUUAGUAAAGUAAUCACCAUUCGUACAUUAGACGUUUUUGAUUUAAGCAUUUUUAUUUUUCCAACUGAUUCUUCAGGAGCCACUUUAAUUCCACCAGUUCUUAGACCCAAAGGUCCAAAACCAGGUCCACCACGUAAUUUAACAGUAACCGAAAUUAGUAAUGGCUUUUUAAUAACAUGGCAACAGCCUUUAGAAAGAGCUCAUCUUACUCAAUACUAUACAAUUAAGUACCGUACUGAUGGCCAAUGGAAAACAUUAAACAAAGGCCAAAUUCGUCCAGAAGAAACUUCGUAUUUAGUAAAAAAUUUGGUUGGUGGUCGAACAUAUUAUUUCCGAGUAUUAGCAAAUUCUGUAACCAGUUACGAAUCCAGUGAUAUGGUAAAAUUUGCGGUGCCUGCACGAGUGAAACAUAAGGCUAUCACUGCCGGCGUAGUUGGUGGCAUUUUAUUCUUCAUCGUCGCUAUUAUAUUAUCAGUUUGUGCUGUUAAAAUUUGCAAUAAGCGAAAAAGACGAAAACAAGAAAAAGCUUAUAAUAUGGUAGCCUGUCGUAUAACAGACACGAGAAACGGUUCGAAUACACCUGCAGCAGAAAGUCAAGUGCCUUUGAAGAAACUUAGACAAAGCAGAAUACCAAGUGUAACGCUCCUUGGUCUGAUACUGAAUUGGAUAUGGCCACGUGAUCGAUGUAGAAGCGCAACAGCAAGUGUAAGUGGAUCCAUUGAUCAUUGGGCUGGUCCAGAGUUUAUUCAUACGGAUUUACCAAGUGCAAGUUUAGGACGCAUUCAUCGUGCCCCAGAUGGACGUUUUAUAUUAGUGGAUUCAGCACUUGCAUCUCGAGCCAAUAGUAUUUCUAAUUCUAGCAGCAGUGAUGAUGGUGGAUUUCUUCCACGUCGUGGAAAUCAUCGUUUUCGUGCAUCUUGGCGUCGACCUCUAGUGGGUUAUCCAAGUCAAUUAAGUUUACGAUCUGAAGGUUCCGGGCAAAGUGCGAGAGGUGGCCUAUCUGCAUUUUUAGGUGUACUAGGAAAUCUUGCACAGCAACCAAGAUUUCACAAUCAUCCCGCUGCACUUAUACCUGCAAUUUAUUCACCAACAGCACAUAAUUUUCCAGUCACACCACGUUUUCAAUCUAGUUCACCAGCCACGCCUAAUGCAUUGUUGCCAUCACCAUGGUCGCCUGUAUAUUUUAGUGAUUUAAGUUCAGUACGUCAUCCAAGUUCAGCAGAGCGUUCAUUUCCAACACCUCCUGGUUACAUGCAAUUACGUAAUGUACAUCAACGUUAUUCGCAAGAAUUGCCAUCGUUACGUGCUAUUCAUGAAGAGACGCGAAGUAAUCAAGGUUUUAUACCGGUUCAUCAUCCAUUAGCAACAAGUCCUGUACAACGUCGUGUUAUUAGAGUACCACCACCGUAUCCAAUAUUACCAACCAUACGUCCAAGAGCACGUUUGUUUCCAAGACAUGCACGAAUCACACGUAGCGCACCUGAAUUGGCUUCACCUGAUCAACACACAUCAUUCCAAGAAGCUUCACCAGAGAGUCGUUCAAGUUCAAGUGGAUUUGGUAGUAAAAAUACAUCAUCCCAACAGAAUCAAAGCUCACGUUCUGGUAGUAGCGUAGAAUGGCGUCUACCACCGUACCGUCCACCGCCACCGCCGCCAUCAACUACAACAAUACCAAUACAAACUCAACAACAAUUGCCACCACCUCCUCCGCCGCCAAUCGUUGGUCAAUGGUUGGAAUUCACAUCACGUUUACAUGACAAUUCACCAAUGAGCUCAGAUCCUGUUGUCCAUAAAGCUGUGGACGUUGGAAGUGUUGAUGGACAUUAUGAAUUUGAUCCAGCUACCCCAACACCUACACCUUCCACACCCACCGGACCACGUGAUGAUUUACGUAGUGAUUCAGAAACAUUAACGUCACGUAAAGCAUUUGGUCAAUUACGUAGCACCAGAUAUGAUAAUAUUGAAGCCCGUGUACAAGCAAUGAAAGAAGAAUUCCAUGAAUUUCGUAAACGACAAGCGAAACGUCGUCGUAGUCAAGAAUUAGAGAGUGCUUGUUAAUAAAUUUGUGUGUGCGCUCGAGAAUUAAACUUAAUAUAUGCAGUUAAAUACAAAACUUUAAUUUAUAAAAAAACGAUUUUUAUUUUGUUUUUUUCUAAAGUGCGCGUGCGUGAAUUCAAUGUUUUUAGUAUUUAGAAUUAUUUACAUAAAAAUAAUAUAUUUAAAAUUUAAACGAAACAUGUUCUAAAUUUCUUAUAAUUAAUUAUAAAGAGAACCAAA